AUGUCUAUUCAAGGACAGAUAAUAACAUGUAAAGCAGCGGUUGCUUGGGAGCCUAACAAACCUUUGGUUUUUGAACAAGUUGAAGUUUCUCCUCCAAAAGAUGAGGAAGUUAGAAUUAAGAUUCUCUACACUGCUCUUUGUCAUACUGAUCUUUAUACACUAUCAGGCAAAGACCCGGAAGGCAUAUUUCCUGUAAUAUUUGGACAUGAAGCUGUUGGACAGGUCGAAUCUAUUGGAAAUGGAGUUGAGAGUGUUGCUAUAGGAGAUUAUGUAAUUCCUUGUUUCGUGCCUCAAUGUAGAGAAUGUGAAUUUUGCAAAAAUCCAAAAACUAAUAUGUGCCAGAAAAUAAGGUUUAAAAAAUUAAUUUUUAAAAUUUUUUUGGGGGAUUUGAAAGGGUGGUUGUUCUUGCGGGCAAUUUUUGGGGAGGAAAAAUUUUUUUUCGGACUCGAAAAAAAUUUUUUUGAACUCAAAAAUUUCUGUGGAUUUGUAUAUUUUUCCUCUUCUAAAAUUUUAUUUUUACAAUUAACUUUACUAGUAAUUCAAUUUAUUUUUAAAAAAUAUGCUAGAAAUCCCCCAAUACUUAUUUACCCCCAAUAUAGUACUUAUCAAGGGCGUAUCCAGGGGGUCGGUUUCGGGGGGGCUAACACUGGGUGGGCGCAAAAAUUUUUGGCGUUUACCUUGGCGUUCCGGACGCAAAUUUUUUUGCACAUAAAUUUUCAUUUUCUGCGCCGUAGGCAAAAAUUUUUUGAAUAUUAG